GAGGUCCACGCCACCAGCACCUAUAAAUCCAGACAGGCCCUCGGCCCGAUUGAAGCACAGACACACACAACAGAUACAGAGCACAGAAGCAAGAACCAAAGCAACCUUUAGCCAUUCCCCUGCAAAUCAGCCGAGAGAAAAUGGUGGCCAAGGAGGCGAUCCCGCUGCUGACGGCGCACAAGCUGGGGCGCUUCGACCUCUCCCACCGGGUGGUGCUGGCGCCGCUCACGCGCUGCCGCUCCUACGGCAGCGUGCCGCAGCCUCACGCGGCGCUCUACUACUCUCAGCGGGCGACCAAGGGCGGCCUCCUCAUCUCCGAGGCCACCGACGUCUCCGUCACCGCGAAGGGGUACCCUGAGACCCCCGGCAUCUGGACGCAGGAGCAGGUGGAAGCCUGGAAACCCAUCGUCGACGCCGUCCACCGCAAGGGUGCGCUCUUCUUCUGCCAGAUCUGGCAUGUCGGGAGAGUAUCCACAAAUGAUUUUCAGCCAGACGGAAAGGCGCCAAUCUCCAGCACGGACAAGCAGAUAACUUCCGACGCCGAGGCUGGCAUAGCGUACUCCAAGCCCCGCCGGCUUCAGAUAGAAGAGAUCCCCCCGAUCGUCGAUGACUUCAAGCGCGCUGCUCGGAAUGCCAUCGAGGCAGGCUUCGAUGGCGUGGAGAUCCACGGCGCACAUGGCUACCUCUUAGAGCAGUUCAUGAAAGAUAGCUCCAAUGACCGCACCGAUGAGUACGGUGGCAGCCUUGAGAACCGAUGCCGCUUUGCUGUGGAGGUGAUUGACGCCAUUGUUGGUGAGAUCGGGGCGGGUCGUGUAGGUAUAAGGUUGUCCCCAUUUGUGGAUUACAUGGAUUGCUACGACUCCAACCCGCAUGCUCUUGGCGGGUACAUGGUGGAACAACUGAACAAGCACCAAGGGUUUCUCUACUGCCACAUGGUUGAACCUCGGAUGGCUAUUGUGGAUGGUCGGAGGAAGAUACCUCACGGCCUACUACCUUUUAGGAAAGCAUUCAAUGGCACUUUCAUUGCCGCCGGUGGGUAUGAUCGGGAGGAAGGCAACAAGGUGAUCGCUGAUGAAUAUGCUGACCUCGUCGCAUAUGGGAGGCUCUUUCUGGCUAAUCCGGAUUUGCCAAAAAGAUUCGAGCUAGGUGCCCCUUUGAACGAGUACGACCGCACUACCUUCUACACGCAAGAUCCCGUUGCUGGCUACACAGACUAUCCUUUCCUUGAUGGCUCAAUUGCUGAGUAGUUCGUCCACUUAAUUUCGAUUAUGAUGUACUUUGCUUUAUCAAAUAGGUACUAGUGUUUUGUGUAGUAUGUAUGUGCAUAUGCACUUACAUUGUAUCAUUUCCAGGUUGUUGUUUUUCAUGUAAUCUUUACUAUUAUAUAUGAGUUCGUACAUCGUCAAAAA